UUUGAGUUGACUACUGUCUACUAGACAACGGUGUGUAUCGGUGUGUAAUUAACACAUCAACAUACAACAACAACAGGGUACCUCCUUUUCCAGUCUUGUAUCCAUUUUAUCCUGCCAGUUCAUAUAUACCCACUAAGUCUUCUAUAUCUUCUUGCCUGAAAUGUCACUGGUUAAUGUGACCAACAUCACUGUUGGCAACAACGUUUGCCCAGUGACUGCGCCUCUGGUAUUCCAGAUUGAAUUUGAGUGCCUGGAGGACCUCAAGCACGAUGUAGAGUGGAAGAUUAUAUACGUAACAUCGGAUGGUCAUGGUUAUUUGGACAGCCAGGAGUCAAACGAUACCCAGAAUAGCGAAGGUGAGAUUGUACUGGAUGCUGUGUGUCUGGGUCCCAUAUAUAAGGGUAUCUUAGAAUUCGAGUUCAGGGUAGCACCACCUGACUUUAACAAACUGGACCCUAAUGGCAUCCUGGGCAUGCAGGCAGUGCUGGUAACUGCAAGUUACUGCGACCAGGAGUUCAUACGUAUCGGUUAUUACACAAACAAUUGCUAUGACGACCCGGAACUCAGGGAAUGCCCGCCGGACACACCAAUCAUUGAGAAGAUGGUAAGGUGUAUAAUAGACCAGCCCCGUGUAACUAGGUUCCCUAUAAAAUGGGAUUCCGACGAGCUGCUAGACCCUGAAGGCAAUGAUAUCAGUCGGGUGAUCAACGACCACGAUGAAGCUUCAUCUGAGGAUGAAUCGGAUUACGAUCAUUCUUUGGAUAAACCCGAUAGCAGCAAUGCUGCCCAAAUGGACAACACAGGCUCCACUUCAUCCACUUUAAACAUAUCGGAAGGGAAUACCCAGGAUAAAACUACCUCACGCAAGCGGCCUUUAGAUGACGAUUUGGAAUUGUCCAUGGAAAGUCGCAAAGUACAUCGGGCAACUGGGUUAUUCACCAUCUCUACAACUACAUCGAUAGUAGAUGUCUAACAGGGACCUUAAUAUUUCAAUGCAGUAUUACCCUUGGUAU